UGUGUGCCCGCUGUUUCUGAACGACGAAAUAUUUAGCUAACUGUAUUUCUUUAACACGGUGAUUUCACGUCUUAAAAAACAUUUGUCUGGUGUGUAUUGUUGUUUGAAGACUCCUGGGAGAUAAACUUGAUGUAUUUUGAACUCGACGGCAGUAGCGGACUGUGCGCACGAUUUGGACUGACAUCUCGUUACUUCGAUGAGCGCGUGUAUUAAAAGCGUCGCGCAAAAAUAGAUGACGUCAGAGAGUUUGUGAGUACAGUCGCGUGUGAUAAUUCUACAGACCGAAUUUAGUUUUUGCAAAAUAUUUUCGGAUGUAGCCCGGGGAGUAAACAGCAAAGGAUUGUCUGAAGUGUUCUAGACAGAUGUAAGCAUGAUAUUUCAUCUAUCAGUGGCGAGGAAAAACUUCAUAAACUUUCUCUGCUGUUGAUUGAAGAACCUGAAAACCUUUGUAAACACCAUGGAAAUCCUUUGGAUUGCUUUGUUGAUUUUUGACAUUAUUUUCUUUACGGAUUGUGCUAGAGGUCCCCCACGUGUAGCGCAGAAGGUUGCUCACCGACAGACCGUGAGGAUCGGACGCACCAUUAAGCUUCAGUGUCCUGUUGAGGGGGAUCCACCCCCCCUCAUCAUGUGGACUAAAGAUGGCCGGAAUAUCAACAGUGGCUGGACGCGCUUCAGGGUCCUUCAACAAGCCCUCCGGAUCAAAGAGGUGGAGGCAGAGGAUGCUGGAACUUUCAUUUGUAAAGCCACCAAUGGCUUUGGCAGCGUCAACAUCAACUACACCCUUAUUGUCAUUGAUGACUCCAGCGCUGGGAGAGAAGGUGCCAGACCACCUGGUGAAAGCGAGUACUCCAGUACUGACCUGAUGGGAAAACUGGUGCGCCCCCGCUUCACACAGCCGGCUAAAAUGAGAAAGCGUGUGAUCGCACGGCCGGUGGGGAGCUCUGUCCGGCUCAAGUGCACCGCAAGCGGCAACCCCAGACCUGACAUCAUGUGGCUGAAGGACAGCAGGCCGCUGACACCUGAGGAGGUGGGCGAGGGCCGGAAGAAGAAGUGGACCCUCAGUCUGAAGAACCUCACGCCCGAGCACAGCGGCAAAUACACCUGCCAUGUGUCCAACCGCGCCGGGGAGAUCAACGCCACCUAUAAAGUGGAAGUCAUCCAGCGCACAAAUUCCAAGCCAAUUUUGACUGGCACUCAUCCAGUUAACACUACUAUAGACUAUGGUGGCACCACGUCUUUCCAGUGCAAAGUGCGCAGCGACGUCAAGCCGGUUAUCCAGUGGUUAAAAAGGGUUGAACCCGUUGACGAGAGCAAGUACAACUCCACCAUUGAGGUUGGAGACCAUCGCUUUGUUGUUUUGCCCACCGGUGAAGUAUGGUCACGACCGGACGGCUCCUAUUUAAACAAGCUACUUAUCACCCGGGCUAAGGAGGAGGAUGCUGGCAUGUAUAUUUGCUUAGGGGCCAAUACCAUGGGUUACAGCUUCCGCAGUGCCUACCUUACAGUGCUGCCUGAUCCAAAGCCACCAUUUCCUCCAAUCCCAUCUGUGCUGCCUCCCAGUCUACCCUGGCCCGUCAUUAUCGGUAUCCCUGCCGGAGUGGUCUUCAUUCUGGGAACUGUCCUCCUCUGGUUCUGCCAGUCCAAGAAGCAUUGUUCUUCAGGAGCAAUAAUCUCAGCCCAGACCUUACCCAAUGGCCACCGGCAACAGCACAGAGAGCGAGCCCUCUCCCCCGCCGAUAAAGACUGCAUCGGCUCUAUCACAUAUGAGGAGUACGUAGCACAGCAACAGCAGCUGUUACUGGCCCAAGCUGCUCCUAAAGUCUACCCAAAGAUGUACUCAGACAUUCAUACACACACCCACUCGCAUGUGGAUGGAAAAAUUCACCAGCAUCAACACAUCCACUACCAAUGUUAGCCCUUGUCUGCACGUUCAGAAGCCUUCCUAGUUACGGUCCUUGAACAAGAAACCGGUUCUGGUUCCUUUGCUUAUUUUGUCAGAGUUUUUGUACCCAAUAUGGCAGUCUGUAACCCAAAAUAGUGCAGCGUGGCCAGUGUGGGCAGGGCUGUCUCAAACAAACAUUUAUUUUCAGAAUCUGGAGAAUGGAAAGACAAUUGAGCCGUGUUGUUACAGUCUAACCAAUCCCUUGUGCUGAAUCGGAGCCCAAAGACAUUGUGAACAGUGGGGUGGACAAGGGCAAGGCGAACAAACAAGCAAUGAUUUCUGAGUCUUUUGAAAUGAUAAACCAUUUACAACAAAACACAUUGUUCAUAUAGAGAAUUAACUGAAUUGAGUGAAUUUAUUGUCUCCUCAACAUGUUUCAGUUUUAGUUCAUCUGUCUUUUACUGUUAUUAAGUUACAUGAACACAUUUUUUUUUGCAAAAAAGCCUGUGAAAGGGCCAAAACGUUUGCAUUGUUUAACACCAAAUCUAAGUGAAACAUAGUUUUGCCAAAACUGAAUCUUGGAUCGCCACUGGUUCUUUUGAGACUUUCAUGCAUGAGGACAUAUACAUAUUUAUGUUUUUGUAUAGUUUGCAGGUAUUGAGUUUUUCUUUCAUAAUAAGACAUGGUGUAGUUUCAAUCGGUCAAAGUUCUCCCUAGUUUUCUGCCUAAUUGUAGCUUAAUUCCACUUUAUGGAAAAGGAGAAUAUUCUGAUCUAUUGUUAUAUCGUGUCUCAAGAUACGUUUGAGAGAUUUUGGCAUUGCAAGUUCUGGCAACGGGUUUCUUAUGUUUCUCAUUACCUUGUGCUAUUAUUUUCAGGGCCUACUCUGAAUGACCUGAGGUACUGAAAUCCCAUUGUUCCUCUAUGGCCUUUAUUGGUGCGUUUGGGAGGGAUGUAAUUUUUCAUAAGUUUGACCACUAUAAUGAAGACUGUAUAAAUGCCUUUGACUGCUUAUGUAAUGGCUCCCCUUUAAUAUUUACAGAAUAGAACUGAGUUUAAAAAAAAAAUUUAGACUAUAACUCAGACAUAUCGUGCAUUUUCUGUGCAUUUGACAUCUGUGUUAACCGUGAUGGUCAAUGCUAAAAGCAAUCCGGCAAGACAGGAAUGCACUUAGCCUAGACAUCUGUUUGGCACUUCGGCAUCGAAGUGUUUUAAAAAAAUUCAUAGUAACCCAAAAAAGGAAACCUUGUUAAUUUAAUUUAUUUGUAAGCAAUAUUUGGAUUGCUUUCAAUUGGGCAUUGUUUAGAUGUUUUAAACCAAAAAAGAGUGAACAUAGCAUCUUAGCUGCAAUGUGAGCUAUGUAGCAUAUAUCAAGUGUAAUAUUUAUAUGUGCUGUUGAAAGAAAUAACACAAUGGUCGUAAUUAGUUAUCUUUGUAUGGACAAUCUUGUACAGUCUGGCCUGUUUUUAUGUUCAAAAUAUAUGUUUGUCACUUUGAAAUAUUAAAAUCAUUUUAUCAUUGUCAUAAAAUAA